CACUCUGGCAGGCGCACUGUGCGGAAGAGAGCCGAGAAGAGCUGUUGCAGCGCUCAGCACUGCUUUCACUACCCGGUCCGGAGGCUGGACUGCGCUGCCGCACACAGUACCAGAACCUACCCGAGUAGUAACACACUACCGAAACGUGCAAUGGCCAAGAAGUAGUGUUCACGGGUAUAGAUGGUAAACCUGUGUAGUCUUCGUUGAGGGAUUAUUUGUUUGUUUUUUUCCUGGAGGUGUGAUAUCGCAGCCAUGGUGUGCUGUCAGACUCCCAGAGGUUUACGCAGAGGCAACUGGGGCUUCGCUCCUCUGCUGGCUGCCGCGCUGCUCAGUCUUGUGUUCGCAGGGAUGCAACAAACCACGGCGUUUCCCUCCUGGAGGUUAGAGGAAGAAGCUUACACCACUGUGUUGCUCAUCGGGAUCCGCAAAGAGGCCCGGUCACAAAUGCUUCACCUCUCCAGGAACAAGCGCUACACCCUCACCCCGGAGCAGCUCCAAUGGGACAAGUUCAAGCUAACAUACAAGUUGCUCUCCUACCCUACAAACUUGAUAAAUGCCAGCGACACGCGUCGAGGCAUUGCCAGGGCUUUUGGCAUGUGGAGCGACGUCUCGCCGUUCAGCUUCAGAGAGGUGCCAGCUGACCAAGAAGCAGACAUUAAGAUCGGCUUCUACCCCGUCAACCACACAGACUGUCUACAGUCCUUCUUGCACCAUUGUUUCGACGGCAUCACAGGAGAAUUGGCUCAUGCAUUCUUCCCGCCAACUGGCGAGAUCCACUUUGACGACCACGAAUACUGGAUUCUGGGAAACAUGCGCUUUAGCUGGAAGAAAGGGGUUUGGCUGACAGAUCUUGUCCACGUGGCAACUCAUGAAAUUGGCCACGUCCUGGGACUCAUGCACUCCAUGGACCCGAAAGCUAUAAUGCACUUGAAUGCAACUCUGACAGGGCGCAAGCUAAUCACACAGGAUGAGGUGUGGGGUUUGCACCGUCUCUACGGAUGUUUGGACCGGUUAUUUAUCUGUCCGGCCUGGGCUCGGAAAGGCUAUUGCGACAGCAAGCGCAAGCUGAUGCAGAAGCACUGCCCCUCCAGCUGUGAUUUCUGUUACGAAUUCCCUUUCCCCACUGUGGCUCCAACCCCGACACCCCCGAGGACCAAACACAAGCUGGUCGUCGAGGGCAAGAAGCUCACUUUUCGUUGUGGAAAGAAAAUAGCAUCGAAGAAAGGCAAAGUAUACUGGUACAAGGACGGGGAGCUGCUGGAGUUCUCUCACCCGAACUACAUUUCCUUGAAAGAUGACCACAUCACUAUAGUGGCCAAUGCCAUCAACGAAGGCACGUACACCUGCAUUGUGAAGAAAAAAGACAAAGUUCUCACAAACUACUCAUGGAGAGUGCGUGUGCGCUUCUAAAGGCCACGCCAGCUCCUCUGCACACUGAACAGGACGCAUUCACACAUGGUCACAAGGAGACCUCAUUCACUAGGGCACAUAUUUGUUUUUUUUUGUUUUUUUUAAAAAACUGUCUUUCCUGUAUCUUCCACAUACAACUGUCUAUCGUUGAUUGUUAUUGUGUAAAUGCGUUUUAAUAUGUGCAAAUAAUAAAUGUUCCCUGACAAGUAGAA